UUUUGGGUUAAGUUUUUAUUAUUAUGCAUUAGGAUUAUAAAUGUAUGAAACAGAAAAAUGUACGGCGAAAACGGAUAUACACUUAUAAAAGAAUUAGCUCGAAGUGAAGAUAAUUUACCUCCAUAUAAUGCAGAAUUAGUAACUCAUAUCUCUCGUGAAAUUAAAAAAAUAUAUGACGAAAAUCAAAUAGAUGCUCAACAAUCGAUAAACGAGAAUAUAGAGGCAUCAAUAUUAAACACAAUAAGAGUUCGUAAUGCAGUCACAAAAAGAAAUGUUAGAUGUUUAAUGGCUUAUCAUUUUAACAGACUAAAAUGUCUUAGAACUAUGAGGUGGGAGUUCGGAAGCAUUCUACCAGCUGAUAUCAAAUCCAAUCUUAGCACAGCAGAGAUAGAGUGGUUUUCAAAAUAUUCAAGACUUUUGGCUAAUUAUAUGAGAUCUAUAGGAGAGGAUGGGGUAAAUUUAUCAAUAGAUUUAAAGCCUCCCAAAGCUCUAUACAUUGAAGUACAAUGUUUGGUAGAUUACGGAAAGUUUGACCUCAAUGAUGGAACUACUUUGUUAUUAAAAAAAGACAGCCGACAUUAUUUACCCAGAAAUGAAUGUGAGGAGUUAAUUAGACAAGGUGUUUUUAAACAUAUAAUAUAA